GAAUCCAAGCAAAAGCUAAUUAGGUUUUGAGAUCCGCAAAACCUUUGAAGCACAACCAUGGUUUCUCGCCCUGCCUCCAAUAACAGCAACAAAACCCAAUUUCAAAACCGACCGAUUAUGGCAAAACGGAACUCCAAUGCAGGUGCGGUUUCGGUGAAGAACAAGAAGAGGGUUUGGAAGAACGGUCCUGGCGCUGCUCCCAACAAGAGCAGGGUCCAAUCGAAGUAUCCCGUUUCUCGUGCAUCUCAUACGAUUCGUAAGACUGGGCCAUUUCAAUUCAGAGGUAGGGGACAUGGUGUGAAUGGUGGUAGACAUAUGCCAUCUCAUUCUUAUGGACCUGCUAUAAAUAAACAUAAGAGUGGGCAGAUUCGUACCUCCCAAUUGAAUUUAAGAUUUAAACGUAAGAAAGUUCAGAAGUAUGAGAGAAAAAAACGUCCCAAUGAAACCGUGUAUAAAACAUGUGAUUUGUGUGAUGUUAAAUGCAUAUCAAAAGAAGAUUACAUGCUUCACAUGACUGGGUAUAAGCACUUAUCAAAACUAUAUAAAAAUGAUACUUAUUGUGAGUUGUGUGGUAUUGAUUGUCAAUCAUUCGCAAAUUACGAUGAUCACUUGAAAGGGAAAAGGCACUUAAGUAUAGCUAACCCUUCACCUGAGUUGACUAUUAUUAAAUGUGAGUUGUGUAAUGUUAGGUGUUUAUCACAAGAUGAGUACCAGUCUCACAUUACUGGGAAAAGGCACAUAGGGAAACUAUGGUUUGCUAGUGAAGUUAUUGAGCAAGUUGUUUCUCAAACUGUAAACUUGGGUCUUCAAACGCAUUACCCGCCUGAAAUCAAUGUUCUGUCUAAUGCAAUUAAUGCUCAACUUGAACAAGGUGUUGAUAAUCCACAGUUACGAUAUGCUCAGCUCCUGAUGACAGUACUGUCUAAAGUUUCAGUACCAGAACCAGUGAGAGACACCAUGGCUGCUCAGACACCAGUACCCACGUCUAAGGCUGGACCAAGUUAUGAACCCCAGUUGUUGCAGAGACAAAUAUCAUCAGAAAUCACAGCACAUGUUAAGACUGAAAAUCCUAUUGGGGAAACAAAUGAGCUGUUACCUGUUAUUACACUGGGGUCAAACACAGAGCCAGGUUCAAGUGUCAGCACCCAGAUUGAAGGUGGAUGUUCGGAAACUAAACAACAGGUAUAAAUAUUCAAGAUAGUUGUGACACCCGAACCCAAUUCAGGAGCAGCCAAUGACCAAAAUGCCUUCAGAAUGUACCACCUGGUUGGACCAAAGAAGAUUCAUUCACUCUCUUUCUCAAUUUUUCACCUUUUUGAGUUGUCAUUUAUUAUCUGUAUGUAUUGCUAGCCAUUCCGGUGUUUGGACAUGCUAGAAAUCUUUUUAGGGAUUGUUGUUGGGACUGGAUUAGUGCAAUGAUAGUUACAUUUAGGAUUGAAAGAGAUUAAAAAUUGCAGUUAUUGCGUGUGGAAAUUUUUCAUGUAACGCUGAGGCUUGGCAUAUCGGUUGGCUGGUUAAAAUUAAGUAUUUAUAAGGGCAGGUAUUAUUCAAAACCUGAAGCCUGAAACAA